GUAUGGUUAGUACCGCCUACCGUAUUAAGCAGGAAGUGAAGUGUGUUUUCUGUGCACAGCCGGCACAGUAGGGGAAGAUAAAAUCAUAUCCACCGGCAACAUGUCUCGAUCUAAUGGGCAGAGUAAAAGGGAGUGGGACCUGUCAGGGAGGAAGCUGAAGGCCCUGCCCGCAGAGCUGCUUGAGGAAGGAGCGCAGGCCAAGAGGGUGGACCUCCAGAGGAACCGACUGAAGCAGGUCUCAGGUCUCUCCUCACUGCUCUGCCUGAAGGAGCUCAACCUCUCCCGGAACGAGCUCCUGGACUUCCCCCUGGAGGUGGGCAGCCUCAGCUUACUGGAGCGUCUCUACCUGAACCAGAACAACAUCCGGGUCGUCCCAGAGGGGCUGUUCCCCCGCUUGGAGAAUCUGCAGUUCCUGAAGCUGAGCACCAACCAUCUCUCUCAGCUCCCGGCCGACCUGGCGUGCUGCCGGAGCCUCGCCUACCUCAACCUGUCCCACAACAGCCUCACAGACCUCCAGCCUCUGGUGGGGCUGUCUGGUCUGACGGAGCUGCACGUGGAGAUGAACUCCGUCACCCAGCUCCCCCCAGGGCUGUUCCAGAACUCGAAGCUCAAGCUCUUCAAGUUCUCCGGGAACCCUCUGAGGGUUCCCCCAGAAGAGGUAUGUGUGGGGGGGGUGAGGGACAUCCAGAACUACUUCACCUUGCUGUUCAGGGACCCGGACAGCAACACCACCGCCUGCACGGUGAAGACCAUGUUCCUGGGCUCGUCUAUGGCAGGGAAGUCCACGCUGAGCCGCAGCCUGCGUGCCGGAGCGCCGGUGAAGGUGGAGGAGGACGACCGCACCGAGGGCAUCGAGAUCUGUGAGCUGGAGCUGGAGGGGGUGCGGCUGCUGUUCUGGGACUUUGCAGGCCAGGAGGAGUACUACCUCACACACCACGUCUUCAUCACCCCGCGAGCCCUCGUCAUCCUCGCCGUCGACCUGGCCAGCUACAGCGUGGAAGACCCCCAGUCCUUCACAGAGAAGGUCUGGUUCUGGAUCAACAACAUCCAGCUGCGUGUCCCAGACUCGGUGGUGCUCCCAGUGGCGACCCACUCCGACCAGUGCAGGAGUCUGGAGGAGGUGGAGGAGAAGAGGGCUCACCUGGACAAGAAGGUGAGGGAGGUGCUGGAGAAGCGGAGGCUGGUUCUGACCCGACAGAAGAAGACCCUGGAGGAGAGAGACCCCACGCAGUUCUCAGACCAGAUCAUGGAGAUGGAUCGUCUCAUGGAUCGCAAACUACAGGUCAUGAAGCUCAUAACCAUCGCCUGCACCAGGCAGGAGGGGAUUGACGCCCUGAAGGCCCACCUGCUGAAGCACAUCGAGCAGGCGUUCCCCUGUGCCGAGAGGACCCUGCCCCAGAGCUACGGGGACGUGGAGCACACCAUUCACACGCUCCUCGAACACCAGCUCAUCCCCAGACAUGGGAUUGUCAGUUUAGCAGAACUGAGGGACAUGAUCCUGGAGAAGGUGGAGGUGAGCAAAGAGAGCGUGAGCUCCAUCCUGCGCUACCUGCACCGCAUCGGGCUCCUGGUUUGGUACGAGGAGAUCCCGGCGCUGGCGGAGACCGUGUACGCUCAACCCUCCAUCCUCAUCUCUCUCUUCAAGACCGUGGUGAGACCAGACCUGGCUAAGCAGCUGCAGGACCUGCCCAGACCGCUGCUCCUCCAGGAGGGGGUGCUGGCCCUGCAGAGGGCAGCCUGGGUGGAGGCCCUGCAGGGGCGCGGCAUGCUGCCCAAUGUGGCCACGCGUAUCCUGGUUCUGCGGGAGCUGAAACGCCUUGGCCUGGACGAGGACGAGGACCUGGUCUCAGAGGUAGUGGGGAGCAGCAGGGAGGAAGGGGCUCUGCUCAGUAUGCUGCAGCACUUCCAGGUGUGUCUCCCCACCAGGCUGGGCAGUCCGCUGGACCCAGCCGCACCAGAGUUCGUCCCGGGGAAGGCCCAGUGGGACUCGGACAGGCUGAGGCAGAGAGAACAGGAUGCGGCCUGCCUAUUCCCCAACUACCUCUUGGACAACAGGGAGGUGGAGAAGGCCUGGGGGGUGGACAAGCAGGACGAUGUUCGUGUCCAUGUGUACUUCCUGCCCGAGGUCCCUCAUGGCUUCUUUCACAGGCUGACGGUCAACAUGUGCUCCCUGUACCCCACCCACUGGGUGGGGAGGGACCAGUGCCUGCUCUGCUCCUGGGCCAGGCGGGUGCUGCUCAGGCAGAACAGCCAGCAUGAAGACCAGUUCAUAGAGAUACGCUGCAAGAGACCAGAGCCCACUGAGUUCCGUCAGUCGUGGGACAUGGUUCUGGCGGUGAUAUGCAAGCUGUGGCGGAUGUCCCAGCAGUGGCCAGGCCUGGUCCAGCAGGUCUACAGUCCCUGCCCGGAGGCUGGCUGCUCCGUCAUGUUCCCCUGGAGGGACUGGCAGGAACUGGUCUCCGACAACGCUGACAUCUACAGCAUAGUUCCUGAUGAGAAGGUGGUCUGUACAAACGGACACACACGCCGGACAGAACUACUGUUCCCCAAAGUCCCUGGUGUCUCGAAGUGAGGAAGAAUGCUACCAUGGAAACCCUGACGAGCCCAACUCCAGCUCGACCUGGUCGCUGGAAUCCACCUGCAGGUGUUAGUUUGUCUUAGUUUAGUUAUUUACUUAGUUAACAAUCAUUACAUUUAAAGGAAAUCAGUUUAAAACAUUAAAAUGAAAUCAGUCCGAUAUCUGUGGGCAUCACAAGACUGUAAUAAACACAACCAAUCAUUUAGUUCAGACCGACCUUAAUGAUUGGACGGCAUUCGGACCAAAUGCAAUGACUGGACGGGCUACUUGUCUGUCUACCUACCUCCCGACAGUCAGGCAGUGCGAUUGGGGGGAGUGGAUUUUAAGGGAGGGGGUGAGAUAUUUUGGUUUGAAUCCUUUCGUACUCAAGCCAGAAUUGCUGGUUUGCAACACUUACCCACCUUUAACCAUCAGAGCUCUGUCUGCGGUCUGUCUCUCUCUCUCCCUCCCUCUCUCUCUCUCUCUCUCUCUCUCUCUCUCUCUCUCCCUCUCUCUCUCUCUCUCUCUCUCUCUCUCUCUGAAGUUUGUGAAACUACUAAAUCGUUUGUAGGAAGCUGCAUGUUAUUACAAUACUAUUUUUUCAACACAUUAUUGUCAUAAAUUGUACAAAAUUAAAAGAAUAUAUAUACUUAAAAAAACGGUAUUGUUGUAAAACCCCAGUAAUUGUGUGCCCAUCAGACCCACAAACAUUGGGAAAUACAAAUAUGAAUACCACACAAGGGUUGAUUACUAACAUAUCAAUGGUAAAUAAAAGGGACCUUUUGACUUUGAAAUUCUUUCAG